UAAAGCCAGACGAGAGAGAAAAAAUAAAAAAUAAAGACUGUUAAAAAAUAAAUAAAGAAUGCUUCUGUUAAUUUUGAUUUGAUUCGCUUGAAGUUCAAUAUAUCAAACCAAUUAUAAAUUAAAAUGAAAUGUCAUGUGCCUGGUCCAAACGUUAAAGUUUUAGGAAGGACAAUACAUGCUUUAGCAAGAUUUGGUGACGAAUUAUAUUUAGAAUCUCUUCCAGAUUCUAUACUUUUAAGAACCUUAAAUGCUGCCGAAAGCGCAUAUGCCAUGAUAAAACUCAACAAGAAUUUUUUUUCUUACUUCAAUUACAAUUUUUAUUCAACCGAAGAUGAUGAAGGUUUGAAAUGCAAAAUAUCAAUGAAAUCUGCUCUUAAUGCCUUUAAAUCUCCAACACACAUGGAUAAACAAGUGGAAAACCUUGAAAUCAAGUUAGAUGCAAAUUCUUGUAAAUUAAUUUUUCAACUUAAAUGCAAGCAUGGAAUUAUCAAGACACAUUAUGUAUCAAUAUUAGAUUGCAAAGCUAUGCAAUCUGCUGUUUAUACCAAAGAUCUUGUGCCAAACAGAAUAACAUCUUCCCAACGGUUACUUUCUGAGGCUCUUGGAAAUUUUCAAAGUUCUGAUGAUCAAAUGACACUAGAAGCGACAAACCAAUUACUGAUUUUACGUAAUUAUGAAGAUGCUAAUAUUGACUUAACAAAAAUAAUAAGAACUCAAAUAAGCUUAAAGCCAUCAGAGUUUGACAGUUACACAAUUGGGGCUGAAACCACUAUCACAUUCACACUAAAAGAGUUUCGAGCCUUGUUAGCUUUUGCUGAAGCACUAAGUCUGCCUCUACAGUUACAUUUUGAGACAGCAGGACGACCUGCAGUAUUCAUUGUUCAUAAUGGUACAACUUUUGAAGCACACUUUGUAUUGGCUACCACAAAACCAGAAACUGCAACACAAGGCUCAAUGCAGAACCAUUCACGAACAGAUAAAAAACGAAAAGAAGUUAAUGAAUCAGUAGGUUCAACAAAAAAGAAACCUCACUUAGAAAUAGACACAUUAGCAUGCUUAGAUGAAGAUUCACAUUUAUUUAAUUAUAUUGAUAUUCCUGAAGAAAGAGAUUGGAGGCCAGAAAAAAAAUCAACACAUGAGAAUGGUGGAGACAGGGCAAAUGAUAAUGGAUUAGAAGAAAAUAUGGAUGGUGAAAUUCCUGGGUCACCAACUUCUAGAAUAAAAAUUAAGUCUGCAUUCAAAAGAUGUUUUGAAAACACAUUUGACCCAAGAAGUAUACAGCGUGUUGUAUUAGCUGAAAACUCAGAUAGUGACUAAAUUUGGUAAUUUUGUAAAUAUUAACUGGAUAAAAAUGUGUUUUGUAAGGUAUUAGUUGUCAUUAAAAAUUUAGAAGGAAAAUUAAAAAAAAAACUAUUUUUACUGCAUUAUGAUUUUAUAGUAAAAAUAUACAAGUAAAUACUGUACACAUGCUUUUCACAAAUCAAUAUUUCAGGGCAUAAUUAUUAUUAGGUAUUAUAAACAUUUGCGGUUUAAAUAUUACAUCAUUUAUUUUGAAGGGUAGGUUAUUCCAAUCUACAGAGGAACCAUUGGUAGUAUUGAUAUUGGAUCUAGUAUAUAUUUUACUAUUUGUAUUAACAAUAUGGAAACUAUACAUUCCAUUUAAUUGAAAAAUCUAAUCAUUAAUGUAUUCGUAUUACGUCACACCUGUUUAAAAAUAUUAAUAAUCUUGUCAUUAAAUUAUAAUCAGAACCUUUGUCACGUAGUGCAAAAUAUGGGCAAGGUUAUAUUUUAUAAAGAGGUAUUUUUACAAAACUUGCAUUUAUUUUAUUUGAAAUAAUGUUUAGAAUAUAUUUAUCACUAAGUUAGCAUUCAUUAUCAAGAAAAAAUAUUUGCUAUUAUCCUUUACCACAAUACAGUAAAUACAUUUAUAACUGCAAAAAUUACGGUAACUAAAAUUUACAGGAAAAAAUUGCAAUGUCUAAAAUAUACACUUCCAGCAACUAAUAAAUAAUGGUUAAAUUAAUUUA